GAGAAGGAGGAGAGUUACUUUUUACCCCGCCCCUCGUGCCCCACCCCGCUCAAUGCGUGCGACGUGACGGUUUGCCCAGGCACCCCCAACACUACCCAGGGGCGAGAGCGCUCUCGGGUCCCAUGAUGCAUCGCGUGCCGCGUCUCGCAGAGCGGCGGCUUGCAGCUCAGCAGGUUUUUUGUGUUUGUUGAAAUGUCUAUGGUUUUAUCUGCUUCAGUGGUUCGUGUACGAGAUGGAUUACCGCUUUCUGCUUCUACUGAUUAUGAACAAAGCAUGGGAGUGCAGGAAUGCAGAAAAUAUUUUAAAUCACUCUCGAAGAAACUUGGUCAGCUUCCUGAUAGAUGUACACUGAAAACUGGACAAUAUAAUAUUAAUUUUAUUAGCUCCCUGGGAGUGAGUUACAUGAUGCUGUGUACCGAAAAUUACCCAAAUGUCUUGGCUUUCUCUUUCCUGGAUGAGCUUCAGAAGGAAUUCAUCAGUACUUACAACAUGAUGAAGACAAACACUGCUGUCAGACCAUACUGUUUCAUUGAAUUUGAUAACUUCAUUCAGAGGACCAAGCAGCGAUAUAACAAUCCCAGGUCUCUUUCAACAAAGAUAAAUCUUUCUGACAUGCAGACUGAAAUCAAGCUGAGACCGGCGUAUCAGGUUUCCAUGUGUGAACUGGGAUCAACCAAUGGAUUCACAUCUUCAUUUUCUGUGGAAUAUAGAAGUGCUAGUAAGAUUUCUUCUGCUCACCAGCGACUGGAGCCAGUGACUCUGCCAGGGAUUGUGGCAUUUAUCCUUAGUCUCUUAUGUGGGGCUCUGAAUUUAAUUCGAGGCUUUCAUGCUAUAGAAAGUCUCCUACAGAAUGAUGGUGAGGAUUUCAGUUACGUCAUUGCAUUUUUCCUUGGAACAGCUGCUUGUCUUUACCAGCCUCAUAAGCCAGUUGGCUCUGAAAGAAUGAGAAAGUGCUGUUAUCACCUCACCACAUGAAGGUGUCCCUUUGAGGCUCCCACUGCCAAAGCUACAUCAGGUAAUUAGGUUAGUCCUCCCUCUGGCUUAGCUCACACCUUCCAGGUCUGAAACCCAUUCCUAUCACGAUCUCCUUCUAGCCUCUUCUCUGGCUAAUGAUGGAGAAUACAGAAUGCUCAUCAUUUCUCUGAGGGGUGCAGCCCAGAUCUCUUGGACGCCAUGGGUCUAAUGGAUCUUAUUCUCUUCCUUCAGAUCAUAGAUAACUAUCGCUGUUUUCUCGGCAUAUAGUGUUUCGGGGGUGAUGUUUUUGUUUUUUAAGUAACUAAAUUUUUUUAUAUCUCAUCAAUUCUUCUUGCCAUCGUGUUUUCUGAAGCACAUUAGCAGUUUUCUUAUGAAGGUGCUUGCUCAUUCUCACCUUUGAGUUUCCUCUAGGCCAGUCGUUGGUGAUACUUUCUGUACUGUGAAUGACGGCAAGUGUUUAUAUCUGUCUUAGACAUGGGCAUGAAGUUUGGUACUUUGGGAGUCAGCUUCAUGAAGUGAGAUCAUAUCAUUUAAGAUAUGGUACUUUGGGUUUAUGUUUCCAAGAAUAUAAAACUCGGAAUUGUAUAAAUGUCUACAGCUUUUAGGAUUAUAUAAUUACAUAUUACAAUGUAAUAUAUAAUUAUAAUAUAUAAUAAUGAGUUUUUAAAGAAGUUUUUUGUAAACUAUGUUUAUAACUUUGAAAAUUUUAAGGCUGUUUCAGCACCUUGUAUAUUUUUAGCCUCCAUGAUGUCUCCCAUCAAUGUGUCACCCCUCAAGCAGUGUCAUAUAGUACAUUGUAGACAUGCUAUCUGAAAGGGCCUGGGCUUUGCUAUCCUUUUCAGAAAAGAUGAAAGCUGCACUCUUAAUCCACUCUACAUUCUUUGUCUUUUUUUAAAUAAAAGUUUUGAUUAUGUAAAUUUUGAGUACAGAUGAUCUUUAACAGCAAUUUUUAUAUCAGCCCCAUGGGGCUGGGAGUGAAAGUCUUUCCUAUUAAACUUGCUUUAUGUGCCUACAACUUGUUAUCUAUGCCCAGAUUAUUUGCAUCAUGGAAUAGAUAGAUGGGCAUAUUUGGGAGACAUUUCUUCCUUUUGGCCUUGAAAGUUACAUUCAUUGUAGCCAAGUCCAAAGACCUUCCCCCAAACCACUGCUCUCUGGGCAACUGCAGCUGGAGAUGUUAGUUUAGGGAGAUGGAUGGAAAUAUCUUAAUAAUAUUGAGGGUAGAGAAGCUGAUGGGAAGUGUGUCCUUUCCACUGUGUGUGUGUGUGUGUGUGUGUGUAUGUGUGUGUGUGUGUGUAUGUAAUCUAUAAGUAAGGAUUAAUUGGAAAAGAAGCUGGAAAGACUCCCUAUGGAAUUGGACAUAUAAAAUCCAGCUCUCCUGAGGAGUAAGAAAGGAAGCAGCCUUAUUUAUUGGAGCACAGAACUAGGAGUCAGGAGACUUACACUGCUACUCUCUGCCCUUGAACAACUCUAUUCAUCUCUGUGAUUUCUCCUUCACUGUAAAAGGAGAGGGCUAGACUGGAUGAUAACUCAUGUUUAUUUUAUGAGUCUAUUCUCCAUGUAGCACCUCUAUUACCUCUCUCCCGGGUGGGAACCCUAGAAUUAAAUCCCUCGUUUAAGGUACUUUAUGGGUUUACAUCCAUUCAGAGCCAUAGCUCAUGAGCCCCUGCCAAUGUAUUUAUUUUAGUUAGCCAGAGAAUCGAAUUAGUUCAAAAUAGUCAUUUAAUGAAAUAGUGAGAAAGGUUGUAACAGAACUUCCCCUAUCCACCCACCCCCCAAAAAACACAAAAUGAAACUGUAGCACCCUCUACCACAAUUCAGUGGAGAGAUUGGGCAUGGAUCAGGAUCACGUGAGAGGAGUACCUGCCUAGGAAACGUGAGUGGCAGGGAGCAUGCAUGGACGGGAAGCUCAUGCCUCCAAUACUAUGGGACUACUGGUGUUUCCUGCUGAUGUAGUUUUGCUGCCCACAUUGAACCUGCUCCCUGAUAGGUGUGAUGUCUCUGCUGGGUGCACUGGUCCCUAGUCUCACAGUAACUGUAGGAUGUGGUUGUCUGCUGGGUGUUGCUCUUCUUGUAUUGUGGGUGUGUAUGUUACUCCUUGUUACAGGUUUCUGGGCUUUGUCAUUUUUGGGCCAUCUCAAUUACACUUUGCUAGAAAAAAUGGCUUAGAAACUCACCUUGGUAAGGGCAGGUAGUUGCCACAUCUAGCAAACAAAAGGCAAGCAGAAUGUUCAUAGGCUAUGAACAUAGGCUAAUACUUAUAUACAUACACACACAGAGGAGUUGAAAUGACAGUGUUAGCCUGUGUAUGUAUGUGUGUGUAUACACACACACACACACACACACACACACACACACAUACAUAAAUAGAGCUAUAUAGAUUCAUCUACAAAUCUAUAGCUUGAUCUAUCUACAGUACAGACAUGGGGAGGAGGUGUUGGGAGGAGUAGCCCAAAAUGAAGUGGGUGAAAGUCCGUUCUGAUUGGAAAAAUACCAAAUUGGGACAGAUGAAGGCAUCAUGCUGCUGUGAUGUUUCCCUCUUGUUACUUUGCCACAAAAUGAGACAGGAGUCUUCAAAGGAGGAUAAAGGUGUCAUGGUGUCAAAUGCACACAGAAACUGGGGACACUAAAUUGUAUACAAUAAUCCUUGCAAGGCUAGAUAUUGACUUAGAAAACCACAUGUUAACAUUAUCUGUGUUUUGUUAUAUUUUUUAUUUUGUUAAAAAUAUUUCCAAAUUAAAAUUUUAAGCAGGAGUAUUGUGGGUUUCAUCCUCCAACUGCUAGCUGAUAGAGAAAUCUAAGAGAACCGAAUAUGGCAGACUCUGUCAUCAGCUUUCUAUUAAUUGUUCUCCAGUAAAAUUGUCUCCAAUAAGAAAAAAAAAGUAGAGAAGUGACUUUGCAAGUAUUUUUUAGACAAACCUGGCUACUAGUUGUCUUUGAAUAGGUAAACCCUGGGCAAAUAAUGAAAGAUUCAAUAAAUUAAUACUAUUCUAGCCUAGGGGAGAAACCAGGCUAGAUUAAGUAGUUGUUGCUAAUAGUUUAAGAUUAGUGUAAAAGGCACCUGAUUGUACCUGCUUUGUGUUUAUUUACAUCAUACUGUAAAUUCUUUUAACUAUAUUGAAGUGAGAAGUAAUUAUGCUUUAUUGUUUUUCAAUAGAAAAAAGCACAAUUUAAAAAAAAAGUAUGCUAUGUAUAUUUUGUAACUUAAGUGUAUCAGACAACGUGGUACAGUGGGGAGAAAAAAAAAACCAAAACCCUGGAUUUGAAGUCAGAGAACCUGGGUGUAAAUGUGUACUGGACUACUUCUUGCCUUGUUUUGAGCUUGGGCAAGUCACUUAACCUAUCUGUGCUUCAGUUUCCUUAUC